AUGCGGUCGGCAAUUUUCCUACUUUUUGUUUUCCUGUUCUUCGCGGGAAUUCGAACAGCUCCGACUAAAACUGCCAACGUGAGUUUCCAAAAACUGAAGAACUGAAAGCUUUUCCGAAAACCGUGAAAGUUCAUCUCUGAGUACCCCGCAAAAAAUCGCGAAAAUUCUCAACACUCUGAAAAAACAGUAACCUUUGUUAGGAGCGUAGAAGGAGCUGACCCUUUGAUUUCAGCUUCGAAGGCUGAGAUAGUUUGCGCUUUUGGAGUAGCAGGGCAAAAGGAAGUAUGUUAUUAAUAGCCAAUGCGUAGAAAAAUGCAUAGAAAUCAAACAUUAGAAAACUUUCGUUGGAACUCCAUCUGAAUUUUUUUUGAGCAACCUUUUCUGUUUUAUAACCGAAAACUCAAUGUACUCCUUUACUUUGUAAUAUUGUUAUGAGCUCAGUGGGAAUAGUUAGCAUAGAAAAAAGAAAAUUUUCAGAGACCGCUUUAGCCUAACAUCCUUGGUUUGAUAUUCUUAAAUUUUUUUUCAGAAACACCAUCACGGGGCGAUCGCCACUAACGUCACCGGCGUUUAUAUUUUAGCGUGAGUCGAAACGGAAAACUUUCUUGAGAAUUAAAGAGGGGGGUUCAUUUCAGGGACGACCUCACUCCCGAAGAAAGACAGAAGCUAAAUUUGGCGGCUCAAAAAGAGUAUCUUGAGGACAUCGAGUUCGAAAAAAAAGCAAUGGCUUUGGGAGUGAAAAGAAGUCGGCAGAUGUAA